AUGGAGAUGGACGCCGAAUUCGAUACCUUUGUCAUUGACGACUUCGGGCCGUCAGUGCGGGUACAGGUGCCCAGUACCGCCGAGGGUCUCGCCCGUUUCAAUCAAGCCUUUCUAGACCCGCAGCAAAGGGCCUAUGUGCAACAUAUUGACUUCCAUGUUGUUUUGCCAACGAUCAGUGGCAAACGCAUCAAGAAGAUUCAGAGCAGCAAGGAGGCGUUAGAGAACGACACGGUAUUCACGAAAGCUGCUGUGAAUUUUCUCGGUCGAUUAGCUAGGUGGGAACGUCGGCGGUACGGCCCUGGCAUCAACCUGAAGAUUGUGGUGGAGUCACCAACAGACAGGCUGGUGGAAGAGAUGGAGGAGGUUGGUGAGCUAAGAAACAUCCAUAAUCACCGGACUGCGCCGAUGUGGCAAGUAAGGGACCACUUCCGCUACCUGCGUUUCGACCACAGCCUCUUGCCGCCACCUAACUCAGGCCUGGCAAAGUUGCCGCAGGUGCCGUGUGUGUCAGGGUUCGAGUUUGACGGGGGGCCCGGUGGACGAAACUUCCAUCCGGACGCGAUUUCCGCCAUCUCAAGCACAUUCGUCUCUGCGAGAAAGAUGGAAUGGAGCUUCAGGCUUCCGACACGUCGAUUAAUGGCUAAUCGCAACGAAAUCAGAUCUGCCCUUGGAAAGGCUUUGCUCAGCACAUCGUUCCCGAGCCUGGUCGAGUUCAGAGUCAAAGUCGACGAUAAGGAUCCCAUUGAUGAGAGUUUCAAGCUAGAACCGUUGAUGAGCGACGACUAUGGAGAGGAUAUCUUGUCCCUAGGCGUUCGUCGCUUGUGUCAAAUUUCUACCCUUCGGCGACUGCACUUGGAAACUCUCUGGAUCUUAUCACCAGCGGCGUUUGGGUCUCUUAAAAACCAGCCAGAGAUUCAUUGCCCUUCAUUGGAGUACCUUUAUGUCGACUGUUCAACAACAACACCUGACGGCAGGUACUUGCUUACCGGUGACCAGACCAAGGCCUUGGCCGAUGACUGUGGGUACGGUCUCGAGCACGACGAAAAGAUUGCCGCCUUUGAUUCGGAUGACUCCGACACCUCGGAUUUUCUACCAGACUUUGAAUGGUCUAGACAGUCUGGAGAAUUUCCUGGAAGAUGGUUUAGAUGUACAACCGAGUCAAAGACGUUCACGCCUUUGGCUACAUCAUUCGUCACUGCUGUUGAUAGGAUGCCGUCGUUACGUCGAAUGGAUAUUCACUUUGGCAGCACGGCAACGGCAACUAGGGCACCUCUGGACAUGCUUUAUUUUGCACCCGGUGAACCGAAUCGAGGUGCAAGUCAACUCAAUGGACGCAAAGCAUUCGACGAGGAAAACGCAAUUUACCCCAGAUGGUUCUUUCUGGGUGGUCGCAAGUUUGACAAGCAGUGGUAUCCUCCCCAGGAGUUGCAACGGGCGUGUGGAGGAGAAUCUGGGUUAGGCCACGUUCAUUUUGCCACAAAUUGA